UUUUAGAGAUCCAAAAAGGCUCAAAAAGCUCAAUUUUCAUCAAAUUCUCUUCAAAAAAUUCAAAAAAUGCCAAAACAAAAUUUGGAUUUGCUUGACUAUUUCGGCCCUUUGGCAGCUUCAAUUGUCUUUUUCUCCGUUAUUUUUGUCAUUUCUGUUACUUGCAUUCUUUGGUUUUGUGUUUCUGAGAAGGACGAUCAGACUGUUUUUGAUAAGUGGGGAAUGUGCAACACUCGACGCGCUCGUCGUUCAGCCCGACUGUCGCAGCAACAAGGCGAAUUCACUGGAUUGGCAGCGACAAGUUCUUCUGGCCCUCAGGCAGUUAAAGCUUAAAAGAAGUAAAAAAUUAGUUGGAAGUU